UAAUAAGGUUUCAGAGAAAAUGGAUGAGCUAGAUGUUGUUGAUUUUUCAAAAGGGAUCAAGAGUGGAUUGGAUUUGGGAGUGAGGUUGAGUGAGGGGAUCCCUGUACUGAAUGCUGGAGAGUCAGUGGUGUUGCAGCCAGAUAUGGACUGUGUUGGAGAUGAUCCUGAGGAGGAGGAGAGAGGGGAUUAUUACAGCAGGACUCUAAGCAACCUACAACAUCUCAACUUUAAUGAAAAGAAUGACUUUGAUGUGACUGACUGCUGGUCUGAUCAGAAGUUGAAGAUGAUACCUUUAACUGCUGAUGGAGGGGUAUACAAGUGGAAAACAAACACAGGAGGUAGAGGAUCAGGUGUUCCCUUCAAGGCUUGUGUAACCCUAUUCUACGAGGCAAUGAUCGAAGGACAAGAUGAGCCUUUCGACAGUUCUUUUAUUCGUGGUAUUGCUGAAAGGUUUAAACUAGACUGUAACCAGUUGCUCCCGGGCAUGGAAAUUAUCAUAAAAACUAUGAAUGAGGGAGAAACCACCAUUGGAAUACUAUCUCCAGAGUACGCAUAUGGAAGACAUGGUGUCCCUCCUAGGUAAAAAAUAUGUUCAAACUAUUUGAUUAGCAGGAAGUGAACACUAUUAGUAGUUUUAUUAUUAGUAGAUUUAUUAGUAGAUUUAAAGAGAAUGAUUUUAUUUUUAUCUGAAAACAUGGAACUGCCGAGCUACAUAGAAUCUCUAGACAUCGUCCGUUUUUUUAGAAUUAUAAAAUCUCAUGGGUUUUAACCAAGAUAGAAAUUAGGAUCUUAUAGAUUAAUACCAGUUAUUUUUUUCUAUUUAGACAAACUUCACUAAACUGUCAUGUCUAAAACCAAUGCAAGCGUAUAAACAUCAGAUUUUUUCCAAA